AGAUUUCAAGUUUUAAAAAUUAUUAUAAAAUUAUAGGUAACCAUUAGCAACAUUUCAAAUAGCCUAUUCACAGAUAACCAACAAUAAGAUCAAAGAAAACAUUCUAUACUCUAUUGCCUUUAAUGUGACAAUACUAAACCCCAAUGUUCUUAUUUUUUCGCGCCAAAACGUGCUUACAACUAAAAUCAUACAAUUUGCUAAAGUGUAUCUUUACUAAAGUGUAUCUACCAUUACCUCGAUCAACAAAUAUGUCAUUAAGCAAUGGUUUUCAUACACAACAUGAUGAAUAUCAAUAUCUAAACCUUAUUAGAGAUAUUAUUAAAACAGGUGACAAACGUAAUGACAGAACAGGUGUUGGAACCUUGUCUGUAUUUGGAUCAGUACAAAGGUAUUCUUUAAAAAAUAAUACUCUGCCUUUACUUACAACAAAACGAGUUUUUGUCAGAGGAGUUAUAGAAGAACUUUUGUGGAUGAUAUCCGGUUCGACUGAUAGUAAAAAACUAGCUAGCAAAGGUGUGCAUAUAUGGGAUGCAAAUGGUUCCAGAGCUUUUCUUGAUAAUCUGGGGUUCAAAGAUAGAGAAGAAGGUGAUCUUGGUCCUGUUUAUGGUUUUCAGUGGAGACACAGUGGUGCCAAAUAUAUAGACGCUAAGACUGAUUACACUGGACAAGGAGUAGAUCAGCUCCAAAAUGUCAUUGACACUAUCAAAAAAAACCCUGGUGAUAGACGUAUAAUAAUGUGCGCAUGGAUUCCUGCUGACCUGAGCUUAAUGGCUCUCCCACCUUGUCACUGCCUUGCACAAUUCUAUGUAUCCAAUGGAAAGCUGAGUUGUCUUUUGUACCAAAGAAGUGCAGAUAUGGGUCUUGGAGUACCAUUCAAUAUUGCCAGUUAUUCAUUGUUGACACAUAUGAUUGCACAUAUCACAAAUUUGGAGGCUGGUGAGUUUAUUCAUACAACAGGAGAUACCCAUGUAUAUCUGAACCACAUAGAACCAUUAAAUAAGCAACUUGAAAGAGAACCGAGACCCUUCCCAACUCUAGAGUUUAAACGCAAAAUUGAUUCAAUUGAUGACUUUAAGUAUGAAGACUUUGUUGUUAAGAACUAUAACCCUUACCCUAAGAUAGACAUGGAAUUGGCUGUAUAGAAGUGUAGUAUUGAAUAAAAUAUUGAAUUCGUCAUGUAUGUAUUGUGCUAAGUAGCAAAACUGAACGACAGUAACUAAUAUAAUAAAGUAAUCCACCUAAAUUA